AGACUGUUGAUCUGGGGCCGUAUUCACAAAGGAUUUUAGGGCUAAAAGUAGGUCCUAACUGGCGAAUUUAGGAGUAACUCCUAAAAAUAAUGGGCGUGUCACUCUUAAAUUUAGGACUCCUAACUUUUUCACUAAGAGCAAUUCACAAAGUAUUUUAGGCCUAAAAGUAGCACCUAAGUCUAGGAGAGCUUAAAAGUCCUCAAGAGGACUCCUAACUCACUAAGACCUAUUCACAAAGGAUCGCAAAAUGGCUGCGAGACGAAAUGUGUUGGAGACAAUGGAAGACUGUGAGUUGAUAAAGAGAUAUAGGCUAAAUCGUGAGGGCAUUAAAAUUGUUGUGGAGUUAGUGCGGGAUGCAAUAACAUCCCAGACUAACAGAAACAAUCCGAUUAGUCCCGAAAUAUAAUGUUUGGCAACACUGCGCUAUUUAGCAACAGGGAAAAUGCAACUUUGCAAUGCCGACGAUUUAGGAAUUUCGCAACCAUCAGUCAGCCGUGCCAUAAACCAAACCAUCAACGCGCUCUCUAGACCACAUAUAAUCCAACAGUUUAUCCGGUUUCCUUUGGACAUUCAACAUUUACACAGGAUCAAAGCCAACUUCAUGGCAAUUGCAGGUAUGCCCGGUGUGGUCUGUGUUAUUGACGGGACGCACAUAAAAAUAAUCGCGCCAUCAAAUGACGAGGACGCGUUCGUCAAUAGAAAGAAGUUGCAUUCCAUCAACACGCAGGUUGUUUUUGAUGCAAAUUUUAACAUACUGGAUGUUGUUGCAAAGUGGCCUGGGGCUACCCAUGAUUCUCGCAUUUUAAUGGAGAGCGGUCUGAGGCAGCUUUUUGAGAGGCACCAUGUACCAGUUGGGUGUCACUUGCUGGGUGACAGUGGCUAUCCCUGCAAGACGUGGCUCUUGACACCCUACCUCAAUCCACAACCGGGAGCACAGUUAACGUAUAACAUAGCACACAAACAUACACGAAAUGUUGUGGAGAGAGGAAUUGGGCAGAUGAAACGUCGGUUUCAUGUCCUCCACGGCGAAAUUCGCCUCACCCCAGAGAGGGCAAGCACAGUAAUCACUGUAUGUGCCAUUCUCCACAACCUCUGCAAGCGGAGGAACAUUCCACAGCCAGAAGAUGAUGACGACGAUGAAGAGGACGAUGAUGAUGAUGGCGAUCAACAUGACGAGGAAUUUGGCCGUGUGGAACCGAGUGGACUGGCAUUUAGGGAUCACUUUGUGAAUACACAUUUUAGUGAACUGGCACCAGCAGCAGGAGGGAGAGGAGAGCCAGUGGGUGCACCAAGAGGGAGAGUUGGAAGAGGAAGAGCAGGGAGAGGAAGAGCUGUGAGAGGAGGUGCAGCUGGAAGAGGACGUGCUGUGAGAGGAGGUGCAGCUGGAAGAGGAAGAAGAGGAAGAGCCGUCUGAUGUGAUGCUGCAGCUGCAGCAGGACUUUGUUCUUAAUUUCUCCUGUGGGGAAUAUAUACUGUACAUAUAAUUUGUCACACAUUUUUGGGAAGUGGGUUGACCAGUUGCACAUUAUAAUUCUUCUGUAAAUAUUAAACAAAGGUUUUUCAUGGAGCCUAUUGCAAUCAUUGCAUACAUACCCCUCAAUCUCCUUUAGCAAAUCGACUGCAGGAUCAGCUGCACCCUCAAGGCCAGUUAUACUUAUGUCCGAGCCUAGGACGGCGUACACCACCGAUGCGACCGGGGACAACGGCUUUGGUGCAGAUCCUCCUCCUACAAAUUAAAUUUCAGUUUUCUUCACGUUUCAUAUCACUGUAGCCUUUGUUAAUUGUAAAUUUAAGACAUGCAAAUGCAUUUCCCAAAUGAAGGCAAGCAAUGUUAAUAAUGGACUUACCUGUAGCCGCGACAGCUCUUUUAUAGUCGGUAAUCUCGAACCUACACUGUGAUUGCAGGGAAUACCAGCGUUUUUCGCAAUCGUCGGUAGAGCGACACACAGCAGGGAAGGAAGCAUUUAUGUUAACGCGAAUUUCUUCCCAUGCCUCCCGCUUCUUCUUGCUGGUCACUCCAGCCCCGAAUCUACCCUUUAUUACCCCCCUCCGCUCCAGCACAAACUGGGCAAGUAGUAGUAAUUGGUCUUGGGACCAAUUGGCCUUUCGCUUGCGUUUCACUUUUUCAUCAUCCAUCAUGAUAGGGGGACUUGAAUUCCG